GGCGUUGUGCCAGCUCACAGAAAGUGCCACGACUCCACAGACCACGGAUACAGGGAGACAUCGAGACAGAGCCUGAGCCUUGGGAUAGCCACAUAUUUCACUUUGGAUGAGAAAAAUAUUUUAAACAUCGCUGGAGCUUUUCUGUUUUCCUGGUAGGACUGACGUGUGCAGAAAAUCUAAAAGGCAUUAUUGGACAUUGAAGUGGCAGUGAUGGACAUCUACGACCCCCAGACGCUCGGCAUCAUGGUCUUCAGCGGGUUCAUGCUGAUCUCGGCCAUCGGCAUCGCGCUGGUCUCCACCUUCUCCAUGAAGGAGACGUCGUACGAGGAGGCGCUGGCCAAGCAGCGGCAGGAGCUCAGCCGGACGCAGCCGCAGCAGCGCGCCGACAAGAAGAAGAAGGACAAGGCGCUGGACAAGCGGAGCCGCGGGAAGAAGAAGGACGACAAGCCCAACGGGAAGCUCCCCGACACGGACACCACCGCGACCCCCGACCUGAGCGAGGCCGAGACGCCCGCCGAACCCCCGACUCCCGAGCCCGUGGUGGUGCCGGCGGCCCCGGUCCCUGCGCCCACCCCUGCCCCCGUGGUCGCCGCCGCUGCCCCUGCUCCGACCCUGUCGGCCGCGCCCCCCCCCCGCUCUGCUCCAGUGGAGGCCCCCGCCGCCCCCUCCCCCAAGGACAAGCGGAAGAAGGAGAAGAAGGUGGCCAAGGUGGAGCCGGCCCAAACCCAGCAGGCCGCCGCGCUUAAGCCCGCGCCCGCACCCGCCAAGCCCGAGGUCGUGGUCAAAGAGGUGCCCGUGAUGGCAGUGCCCCCAGUGGGCGCCCAGAAAAGCGCCCCUCCGGCUGUCGCCGCGCCCGUCAAAGCUGAAGAGCCUAAAGCUGAGGCCCCGUCCAAGAAGAAGGGAGGGGCCAAGAAGAAGGCGGAGCCAGUUGCUGCGGCAACAGAUGCGGUGGACGGCGCGCUGUACCUGCCCUACAAGGCGCUGGUGUCGUCGGUGAAGAGCAUGAUGUUCAGUGAGGCCGAGGCCCAGCAGCUCAUCGAGAUCCUGAGCGAGAAGGCCGGAGUUGGAACCUGGCACACGGCCACUCAGAAGGGCGACCCGGUGGCGGUGCUGAAGAAGCAGCUGGAGGAACGUGAGAAGCAGCUGACCACCGAGCAGCAGGACGCCACGGCCGCCAAGAACCGCCUCCGGGAGAUGACCAAGAAAAUGGCAAGCUGGACAUCAGGGCCGCUGGUUUUGGAGUGCGCUCUGAUUGGAUGGACCUCAACGAUCUCUGCCAGCGCGUCGGUCUACAACUCUCCUGGCUUAGAACAGACGGAGCAGCGGUAG